UUAACAAUUGGCAGGUGAUUGAUUGAAUAUUUGACAGUUGUUCCGGUAUAAAAAUUAAACAAUUAUUGAACAAAAUUGCGAAGUUAAUUAAAGGCAAGUGAUUUUGUAACGUUUUACGAAACUGAGACAUAAAUUGCGUGUUUAAAGUAAUAAAUAAUAUCUAGUUGAAUUAAUUACAACUAAUCAAUAGAAGAUUAUGGACUGUUGAACAAUGGAUCUCAAUAAAAGUAAGCCAGUGACAACGUCCGUACCACAGAUAUCGAUAAAGUUUCAUGCAAAUGCCGAACAAAUCGAAGAACUUCAUGCCAGCGAAGACGAGGCCAUAACGAAAAGUGACGAAAAAGGAGAAAAAAUAGCUUCGACUUCUCCUUCUAACAUUGGCGAACCAGACAGUAGCCCUUUAAAAUAUUUCAAUAAAAUUGGAAAAAGAUCAACUAGCGUAGAUGUAACAACUCAACCGUUAAAUGCAUCGCCUCCUUCAGAUCCGUGGAGAUUCUUCUCAGACAUCAAAGGUAAAAUUACGAAAAGCGUCGAAGAAAAAAUAACGGAAAUAAAAUCUCGAAAUCAUGAAGAAGGUUCGCCUUUACACAAACCAAAAUCCGAUACAACGAAAACCGAUCUAAAAACGAUCGGAGACAGCAAAGAAAAUUCAAGUAUUUCAGAUUCAGAAGACCUUUCAGAAAGCAGUAUAUCCAAAACGUGUGGUAUUGUAUCUACCACAGAAGGUGUUGAGAUGUCUAGCGAUGAAGAUACUCCAUCGCUAGAAAAAGACAAAAAAGAUGAAAAAUUUUUAUCCGUCACGCCUAGUUCCUUCAAACACAAAUUCCGCUUCUUCAGGAAGAACAAUAAAGAAGAAGGAACGAUAAAAACUAACGAUUUAUCCAAAAUCUACAACAUCAAUACCGAAAACAAAGAACAGACUCUACCGGAAGAUUCGGAAGGUGUGGAAAGCGCAGUAGAUGCUCUAGAAGAAACAGAUUUGAAAACCCAAACACCAGUCAAAAUAUCAGACGAAGAAAUCGUCAGAACCGUGACGCAUAAAAUUGAUAAUUUUGAAGUGGACAGUGAAAACGUGAUUAAUAUUCGAGAAGUUACAGGAAGUGAGAUUCGGGAAAGGUUCUUCGAUUGUAAAGAUGAAGAAAAAACUGUAUUUGCUCCUACUGGUUUCGUCGAUUUGCGUCCCAAAGCGAAGACUGAUCGUCCGUUGUCAAAUUAUACUUCACUGUUAGUCCUACUACUUUCUUCUUUACUAUACGGAAUUAUACAGUAUUAUUCACCAUAUACAGCUGGUUUGGCCGCUGGAAUAAUCUUAUCUUUUGUAAUAUUUAAAAUUUAUUUAAAAAUCCACCCGAAAUUAAUUGAACAACAUAAACACGAAGAAUCUACGCGAUUAAAUAAAAUUUUCGAAGUACAAGCCGUUAAAGAACAUCAACCUUUAAAAAAAUAUGAAGGAUGGUUAAACGAAUAUCCGGAUGUUUACAACCCCGAAACUUACCAUAUAUUCGGAACCCAAUCGGUGUUUUUGAGGUUGCAGGGUAACAUGUUAAGGAUAAGUCACGCUAAAAAUAAAGUUCCUAAAAGGGCCAUGUGGAACGAGCCAGAAAUAAAAGCGAAUUUUACGCAGCACAGGGUGUAUAAUUUACUAGGGGCUAAGAUUAGUCUUCUUCCAGAAGGGUUAACUAGAAUAAGGCAAUGGAGUAAAAAAUAUCCCAUAUGCAUUUCCCUACCGAAUGAACAGUUAUGUUUCGAUCAGGAACUUCUAUCUAAGAUAGAAGGUGAAGUACAAAAACAAGUGGAAAGCGAUAACGUUGGUUUAACAGACAAAGGCAAGGUGUUUACUUCAUCGGGAAGAGAAAAAAAGGGAUUCAAUAAAACUAGAAAGAAAGAUUACCAAUAUCCCGUGUUGGCCCAGAGAUUCAGUAAACUAACCGAAGGUGAAGAUUUAGACCUCGAUUCUGAUUCAAGAGCAAGUACACCUUCUGCUGAUAUAUCCGAUAUUGCGGAUUCACCUGUAUUAGAAGACGAUGAAUCGGGCCAAAAAGAAGACAAAAACCAAGUGGAGAAAUGUAACGGUGUACAGGAUGAUUGGUCGCCAAUUACCGGUGUAGAAGACUCUAACGAUUCGAACUAUAUAAAACUAUAUCUAUUCGGAAGAACUGAUAGAGAAAAAGAAGAUUGGUAUAGAAGAUUGUCAGCUGCUACCCACAACAAUAAAAAUUUAGAAACAGAACUCGACGAAUCUGAUCCUAAAGAUGGUACUGAUAAUAUAGAAGAAGAACUCGAGUAUCUACGUUAUAUGAGUACUUUUAAACCUUCGAGAUCGACUGGUCACAACAAACCGACUGAUAAAUGUGAUUCAGAAGAAGAAGAAUCAAAAGAAGACACCCUACUUUGGUUAAACGCCCUUAUAGGUCGAGUACUUUUCGAUUGCGGUCGCAAUAACCAUUUCAUAGAUAGAGUCAAAGAUCGGAUACAAAGGAAACUGUCUACCAUCAAACUGCCCUAUUUUAUCGAAGAACUUUUGAUACCGGAACUCAGUUUGGGGAAAACGUCGCCGAUUAUUAAAAGAACCGGUAAACCUGUUAUGGACGAAAGAGGGAUAUGGAUAGAUUUGGAUAUUAUUUACGAAGGACUUGUCGUUCUUAUAUUGCAGACCAAACUUAAUUUAAUGAGACUGAAAAACCCGCAAGCUUAUGACAAACCUAACGUAGUAAAAUCUGCAAUAUAUCAUUCUGAUGUGGACGAUUCGGCAGAAAGUAGUACCGACGACGAGGGUCUCAACGAAUUACCGAACACGCCCCAGGAUAUUCCGGCUGGUUCUAGUCACGGCAAGAAAAACUUGAUGAAAAUGGUAGACCGAUUAGCGGAAUCGAAAUUUUUUCAAGCUGCCACAGAAAAUCGGUAUAUAAAGAAAGCUAUGGAAGGUGUAUCGAAUACACAUCUCAGAUUAAAAGUGGAAGUAAAAUCUUUAGUAGGGACUUUGGUAUUGAAUAUCCCACCUCCACCGACAGAUCGGAUAUGGAUUGGUUUUCGACCGGUUCCGGAUCUGUCCCUAUCUGCUAGACCGAUAGUAGGUGAAAGAAAUAUUAGUUACAUAAUGGUUACCAGUUGGAUAGAGAAGAAACUAGUCCAGGAAUUCCAGAAAGUAUUGGUAAUUCCUAACAUGGAAGACUUGGUGAUACCUGUGAUGAAUCCAAAGUUGCCGUAUUAAACUAUUUUUAAUUACUUUUGUUGGUGAUAGAAAAAAAUACAGGGCAAAAGUUGUAUUUUUAUUAACUUUUUGUUAGUUACAAAGAUAUAUAAAGACCCAAUAAUAUCAAUAAUUAAAGUAAUUUUACCAAUCACAGAAAUAAAAUUGAAAAAGAAAUGAUUUUUUUCGUUAAUUCUGUUUGACAAACAGAUCAACACAUACUGAAUUUGUAUCGUGAUAUUCGUACUAAAUACACUGUUUAUUAGAAGUAAACUGACACAAUUAAAUUAUCUGGUCCUUCGAGCCGUAUAAAAACCAGCUCGAAGGACCAGACUAUGUAAUUGUGUUUGUACACUAAUAGUAGGUCUGAUAUAUCUUUGUGUGUUAUUUUUAAAUGUUAUCUUUUUUUUAAAAAAUUUUAUUUUGUUUGAAUUUAUAUUAUACAGGAUGUUUGUCAGUUUUUACAUUAUAUUUUGAGGACCAAAAUGAUACAUUUUGAAAAGAUAGACAAUUAUUUGUCAGAUUUGAAUAUUCUUCGAGGACAAUUUUGCACAUUGAAAUUCAAUCAAUUUACAUCCAAAUUGAAAAGUGGAAUAAUAUAUUAUUCAUCCCGUGAAUAAUAAGAUUUUCUCAUAUUUUACUUUUUCUUGUCACUUAUGACAAAUUAAUACCGCACAAUUUAAAUAAUGACGUUUAUCGCCAGCGCUGUCAAACGAAUAAAAAUAUGUAAUAUUUUACAUUGUUGCCAUGUAAAUUUUUACAGGUUAUGAGUGUGAGUCGUAGGGUCAAGAAUUGCGACGAGGUAACACUUGAAUCAAAGUUCGAUUAACUAUUUAAAACUUACAAAUAUAUAUAUAUACGGCUACAAAACGUGAGUUUAAACUUAAUCGCGUGCUUAAUCUCUAAGAGCAGCGUAGUUCCGUUAGAGUAAAUAAGAAAUAGAGAGUGUGUGGAAGGUAGAGAAACUUGGAUAUGGUGGUUUUAUUAAUUAAGAAGGUUAUAAACGAAAGUAACUUGGAAUUCCUUGAAUCAGGGAUCGAAGGAUGAUAGUUUUAUCAAGGAAGUUGUUCGGGGAAACGGUAGAAGAAUGAAAAAAGGUCGUGAAUGAAAUGUACCUGUAUUUGUAAAUACUGAAAAACAAGAAAUUUUGAUUUUAACAACAAUAUCAAUUUUCCCUAACACACUAGUAAUUAUUUCACUUACAACACUAUGGUUAUUUCAGUUUUUAUUGUUUUGAUACACGAGAAACUAUUUUAAUUGCACUUGAGAUAUUCAGAUUUUGUUUGCUAACGUUUAUAACACAAUGUUUCUUAAUACACGAGGAGUGUUUUUAAUUACAUCUGGAAUAUUUAGAUUUUGUUCAGUGGUUCCAGUUGCCACUAUCACUACAAUAGUUGCCAACGUUUAUAAUUUAAUUUUCCCUGAUACACGACCAAUGAUUUCACUUACAUUUUGGGUAUUUAACUUUUGAUUAGUGGCUGCAACUUUUAUAAAGUAAUUUCCUCUGAAAUAUGAGCAAUUAUUUUAAUCACACUUUGGAUGUUUUUAUUUGGUUGUGUUUCUAGUGAUCAAAAUUGAAAAGUUAACUUAUUUGACUGUAAGAAACUGACAAUAAAAACAAAAUUCGAGAAUAUUGUUUAAUCUUUUGUAUUACAAAAUAUUAUAUAUGUGAUUUGUUAGCCAAAUUAGUAUUUGUUUAUAUUUACUUUAGACUAUUUUUUAUGUUUUAGAGACGCUCAGUGGAGUUGUGUCUAUUUUUAUAUUCUUCCAAAAUUACUGAAUAUAUUGUUGUUUUAACAACAAUAAAUUUAUAGUUGAGAAAUAUUUUUAUUACAAUUAUAUGUGAGCUUGCGUGAGGCUUUUCUUUGUAUAAACUUUUAUAGUCAACUGUAUUGUAGAAAAAUAUUUUCACUGUAGCACCAUAAAUAUAUUUCAAAGCUCCAAUUUUUCACUAUAACUGUGAUACAUUUUCAAAUAGUUUGCAUCACCUGCAAUUAUUUGAAAUGACUUAUUCCGAAAGUUUAAUUCAGUAUUUAAAUAUGCAAUUUAUUAUUACAAAAAAAUAUUGUUUCGCAGACUUGCAGGAUUUUUGUAAACAUGCUUGUUGCCUCCAGUACACUGGAUCCGAUAGGUGUAAACCGUGAUGUUUCGUUCUGAACGGAGUAGAGCCUUUGAUCAUGGAAAGCAAACCUUAGAUUUAUCAAAAACUUAGCAAAUUCCCUAAUAGCACUUGCAGUAGAGCCUUGAUAGUCUAGCGAGGAAAAAAAUACAAACAUCUUUUGAGAAAAUCUUAUUGAGGUUAUAAAAGACAUAUUUAAAUCGCAAAAUAAAGUAAACUACUUAUUCAUAAAGUUAUCUAUUUAUUGACCAUGAAGAGGCUUUGACCCUCAAGUUACAUAUCUUCUUUUCGAUGAUGACUUGUCAGUCUUUUGCGUAAGUUGGGUUAUGAUGAUCUUGUCAUCCAUUUUGUGUUCUGUGGAACCCUCUUCUUCCCUGAGUGUUAAGAAAGUCGUAGCGUAGAAGAUCCUUGAUUCUUUGUCUUGUCCCAUAUUUGUGUCAUUUUUGUUGCUUAUUGUUCCUAAGUACUUAUAACUGUGGACUCAUUCGAAGCUGGAAUCAAUUAUUUCAACUGGUAUGUGAACUUCCUUCAUUCUUUCAAUUUCCAUAUAUUCUGUCUUUUUUGUUUUAUUUUCAAUCCUCUUUUUCUUUCCUUCCUAAUAUGUCUUCCUUACUUUUUCUGUCCCUUGCUAUUAGAGUUAGAUCAGAUCAUUUAGUCAUAUUCUCCAUAAAGUCAAAGGCUUUUCCCUAGUCAAUUGAACAUAGAAAGUGAUUGUAUUUCAAUGGUUUUAGCACAUAUUGUUUAGUAAAAAUAAUAGUAAUUACGUUAUAACAAUUUUCUUCUUUCCAUAUUUGAUUUGCAUUUAAACAAAAUAUUUUGUAAUAAAUUUUUCAUGAGUUAAAACCGUUUUAUCUCUAUUUGUGUGAGGAUUGUAUUUUAAUCGGUGUAUUUUGUAACUUAUGGACAGAAAUUGUUAUCAACUUAUGAAUGUUAUAAAAUAAAUACAAAAAUUUGAAAAAA